AUGUUACACCUGAUCUUCUGGUCCGCACUUUGCCUUACAUCGCCUGUGGUGGCAGGUAGAUGCAAAAACACCCCUGUUGAUGUGACAUGGCCCUCUGACACGGACUGGUUGUCUUUGAAUGCGUCCAUUGGCGCUCCCGCUGCUGCCUCCUGCUGGCCUAACAGCCACUUUGAGACUCCAAUCUCAUGCAAUACAGUUCAGUCACAGUGGACCAACGCGCUCUGGCUUGCAAGCCAGCCAGACUCAGAUUGCGACGGCAAUGAAUUACGGCGCGAUAUCUCAUGGAAACACCCAACCAAGAAUAUCACGGAGGAUGUAUACAUCGUUGGCAGCGGCCAGCAGUGGGGAAAUGGCCGAGCAGUCACCACCGGACAAGACCCCAGCGUCGGACUUGGUGGCUACAUUCAAGAAAGUGGACACGGUCCAUUGUCACGGACCUACGGCCUUGCUGCUACGCUGCGCGGUGGCGGGCCGGGCCUGUAUGGUCUGGUCACAGAAUAUUUGCUGCGACAUCAUCCGGCUCCGCGCAACGUGACUAUGAGAAACCUUUUGAUCGCCCCAGAAGCCGACCGCAACAAUAUCAGCGCGGAGGCAUCUUGGAAAGCAGCCGUGCCGUACCUCCAGGCGCUUCCGGUCCUGAUGGACACCGGUCUAGCAGGGGCAUGUAUGAUGUCAACUGCCGAUACAGCGGUGCGAUUCGGCUUUCUUUUUGAAGCUACGACCGGCGUGGUCAUCUCGCAAGCCUUCUGGUCUUUCAACUCUACCCCAUCCGCUAUGGAAGCCUUCAUCCGUCCGGUCUCCACCCACAUUGGACAUGAAUCGACUCCAAAUAGAGGUAGCAGUGCAGUGACUAUCACUUUCAGCACUUCCAACGUUGCGAACUACACCUCCUGCAUUUCCGCCAUCUCUGGUACUCUGCUACCGACGUGGCGCACGGCGUACCUGCAUUUCAUUGCCAACGGAGCGACAGUCGACUCCGUCGCUGCGGGCUCUCCGAAGCGAGCGCUGCAAGACGCCGCGCGAUGGUACGAGGCCAAGGAGCGCAUGAGGCAGCUGUGGGCGCCGGAGUCGCGGGCGUACAUGAACGAGGCUAAUCCACUCGAUCCCGAGUUCAAGCGUGACUUCUAUGGGGCGAACUAUGACCGGUUGGUGCAGGUCAAGGCCAAUAACGAUCCGAAUGAGAGCUUGUUUGUUCUGGCUAGUAUGGGAAGCGAUUGGUGGGAUUAUGAUCUAGAUAGUGGUCGACUCUGCAGGGUGGAUUAA